AGGACAGCAGUUGUUUCAAACUCUCCGUUCGUUCACAUGAAAUUAAAACAUGUUAGUUGUCUGUUUUAGGUAGACUUCAAACUUGUUAACACAUACAGAUAAAGGAAACAGAUAUUGAAAAUGCCAGACAGAACUCGCACAGAUGCGGACUAACACUGCUUAAUAAAACUAGUCUUCACGUGAAGAAGAAUGGGCGCCAGUUCUAGUGUUGCCAGGUUUAAUACCGAACCUUUACAAGAGACGUCAGUGCCCUCUAUUGAUGAAGAUAACGAUUUUUCUAACCAGUCGUCAGAAAAAUACGGUGACAAAAAUCAAAGUAAUUUAAUCAACAAUGACGAAAAUAAAACCCUCAAGAAUGAGCCAGUCGAACUGACAAAGGACAGUAAUGUUUCUAAGAAAGCAGUUCAAAAUGCUGGUAAAGUCGUGGAUAAAUCGAAAAACCAGGAAAGCAAAGUGAUCGUCUCUAAUUCUUUGGACAAAAACAAGUCAAAACUUCUUCAACCAAUCCAAAGUGCAGUUACUAGUAAUGAAGAAGGAAAUGUUGUUUCUUCAGCCAAUAGCAACACAAGUCUCAAUAGCAGACGCAGGCCGUUAACCUCACAGUCAUCCAAUCGUAGCAAAGACAAAAGCGUAAGAUCUUAUCAGGGACCAAUCAGAUCAGCCGUGUCAGCAUACUCUUCCAGAGAUGAUUGGGAAUACCGCAUG